UUUACUAUUUAUAAAGGACAGACUGUAGCUCUGAUGGGAAGCCCAAAUACUGGAAAGACUACUUGCUUUAGACUUAUACAUAGAUUCUAUGAUCCUGAAUCUGGAUUGAUCUUUAUAGACGGCUUUGAUGUGAAGCACAGAAAUUUACACGGGCUACGAAAUUAUGUUGGAUUUGUUCAACAGUGUCCUGUGUUAUUUGGUACAACUUUAGAAGAAUGUAUUACAUGUCACUCGUCAUUGAAAUCUCUAGAAUAUAUGGAAAUCGUUGCCAAAAUAGCAGGCAUACAUUCUUCCAUAAUAGGCCUAACAGAAAAAUAUAAUACACCGCUUACCGAAGAUUUGCCGAUAGAUCAAAGACAGAAACUUGCACUUGCCAGAAUUCUGUACAGAAAACCACAAAUUCUGAUAAUGGACAACGCUUUGUCAGCUUUGACUCCAGCAGCCGAAGAUGCGAUUUUUGAGUCUAUCAAAUCCGUAAACAAAAAUCUUACGAUAAUCGUAACAACUAGAAAUCCGCUGAUACUAAGGAAAGUGUCCAAAAUUGUGUACUUGUACGAUGGCAUCGCUGAAGAAUAUUCUACGGUGAAUGAGAUAAUACAGACUCAUCCAGAAGCAGAGAAAAUGAUUGGAGAACAGAAAGAAUUCUUUGAUAAUAAAACAAGCACUGUGGCAAAAUGUAAAUACAAUCAAAAAAUUCCUCAGAGGUCUAUGCAACAUGCAUCAAGUUUUUUGGGAAGAAGUUAUCAAGAAUUAUUGAAAACAGAAUUAGUGCGCAUCGGUCGCUAUCCUGUCUUCUUUCAAGUUACUGAUAUUCCUACAGCUGAUCAUAUAAUGAGAAAGGAUAUCAAACUUGCAAACACCAUGAAACUUCUUUACUACAAUCGCAAGGAAUGGCUUCAAUUAUUGCUUGCUAGUGUUGCAGCAGCAAUUUUAGGCUUUAGCUUACCAAUAUAUGCAGUACUUUUUGGUGAAACUUUGAGCUUAAUUGCAUUGCAUAAUGGCAUGCAAUUGCAAGUGCGUUUAAAUUUCUUUACAAGUAUGUUUAUGGUAGCUGGUUUGGUCUCUGGUAUUUGUACGAUUAUUCAGGAUUACAUGGUUAAUAUGGCAGGAAGUAAGUUGACUGCUAGAAUGAGAAAAUAUACCCUCAAGAAAAUUUUACAUCAAAACCUGGAAUGGUUUGAUAAUGAAACUAAUGAAUUAAAUAAAAUUAAUACUUUGCUUAAAAUUAAUGCAAGAAAAAUACAACAAGCAUGCGGUCAACGAUUAAUUUUUUUAAUACAAGCAAUAACAUCGUUGACUGUAAGUAUUAUACUCUCGAUGAUGUACAGCUGGAAAUUGGGUCUGGCGAUUCUUGUCUUUACACCAAUUAUUUUGGUAGUAUUGAAAUAUUACAACACUCUGCUGUUACAACAAUCAUUUCGUAAUUCUACCCAGUUAAACAAACUUAAAUUGAUUAUUUUGGAAUCUGCCUCAAAUAUUAGAUGCAUAGCCGCACUGACAUUAGAAAAUGCAUUUUUUGAACGUUACCAUGAAGAACUGCGUAAACUACUAGUAAAUCAAAAAAGGGUUUACCUUUUAGCUUUCGUGCAUGCAUUUUGUACAGCAUCGCCCGCAAUAGUAUACGCAGUGUCAAUGUUUUUUGGUGGAUAUAUGCUUAGGAAUAGAGAGAUCGAGAUAGGAAAGGUUUUUAAGGUAGCAGAAGCUAUUAUUUUAGGAACGUUUAUGGUGGGACAUUUGGCAGUCUUUACACCAAACAUUAUAAAGGCACAGAUAGCCGCAGUGAAGCUUUUUAAAAUAAUAGAAUCACCCUUAAAUAAUUACAAUAGAAAUUAUAAAACGAAGUUGAGUGGAAAUAUUAAUUUUAACAACGUAUCCUUUGAACAUCCCCUUUAUUCUGGACUUCCAAAGUUGCUAAACUUUACCAUUCAGAUUAAUAAUGGGGAAAGCAUCGCACUUGUUGGCUGCCCUUCUUCCGGUGUUUCAAUACCAAUACAGCUACUUUUACAUUUUUACAAACCGACUUCGGGGGAUAUAUUUUUGGAUGGUGAACGCCAUGAAAAUUUCAAUGAUAAUAAUUUAAGAUCGUUGAUCGGAUUGGUAGAAGGUGACUCGAUACCUUUUAAACGUUCCAUUGCUGAAAAUAUAGCUUACGGUAACUUGAAACGAAGAAUACGAAUUGACGAAAUUGUUGCUGCUUCAAAAGCUGCUUAUUUUCAUGAUUUUGUGAUGUCCUUACCUAACUUUUUUCAGGGAUACAAUACGGUUUUAGACGAGACUGAAGUUUCAUUGACAAUAAGUCAGAAAGUACGGUUGUCACUGGCAAGAGCGCUUCUACGUAAUUCAAAAAUUUUAUUGCUUGAAAAUUUACCACGAGCUGAAAGUCCUGAGACCGAAAUGAUUUUGCGAAAAGCAAUUCUCUCAGCAACCAUCGAUCGAACAUGCAUUGCUUCGAGUCAUGAUCCAUUUUCAGCUGUACAACUUUUUUCACGCAUACUUUUUAUGAACCGUGGAUGUGUAGAAGAAAUUGGAAUUCAUGAACAACUAAUGACCGCGCAAGGAUCUUAUACAAAUUUUUGCAACAAAAUUGGCCACAGUUUCGUAACAUUUAACAAUGAAAACGAGCUUUUCCCUGAAUUCUAUACGAACAGUGAGUUUUUGAAAACGGAAAUGGAAAAUAGCGAUAAUUAAAUUAAAGCAGUUUUAAUUUCAAUGAAUUUCUUAAAUACGUUUCAGAAAAUAAAAUAUAAAAAGUAUUGUGGCAAGCAGAUUUGCCUUGAAGCACAAACACUUCAACCAUGCGGUCGUGUUUUAAACAUUCAUCUUUGCCAAAAAGUUAAUUUUGUACUUGUGGAACUUUUAAACAGGAAUUGUCUGACAUUUGCAAAUAGUAUUGCUCCGCCUAAUUUCUUAUGGUUUUUUUCUUCCUGUAAAUUUGAAUCCGAUUGGUUAAGGGGGAAUGGAACUGAUCGCCAAAGUUCAAAUUGACAGUGCUGCCGUGCAUUGUGGCAAGUCGUGGAGACACGCGACUAUACUUUUGCACGCUAUUGUGACGUCAUGCUUUAGUGAUGCUCAAGAGCUGGCUACGUGGAAGUGAAAAGAUUCCCUAUACACUUUUCUCUACUGUACUUAAAAUCUGCUUUACACUCUAGAGAUUCAACAUUGUGAUUGAGUAAACGUAGUGGCACGUGUAUUAAUAUGAAAAUUUACAGUUAAUAUGUAUAAAGAACAUCUAACUGAAGAUAGCUUGAGAGGAAUGAGCACCACUGGCGCAUAUUGGCACUAUCCGUGCUACUACUACCGCUCGCUGUGGUGAAAGGCUGAAGUUUUAGGCGAAGCAAUACGGCUCAUUGCCAGCUCCCCGUAUCGCAUCCAAAAAUCUCGAAUUUCGCUGAACGGUAGCAAGUCCCAGUGCUAAGGAGUAAAGUUGAUAUGCAUAAAACUUUUGCUGCGUGCCCCUUUUUUCGAUUUUCAUCGUUGGUUCUAUGCAACAAUGUGAUAAGUUUUGGGUAGGGAACGGCAAAGGUAUUGUCGUGACGUCAUGACAUGUUUCUAGGCCGUCACUGUCGAUAUUCACUGCUGUUUUAUAUAUUUUCUAAGCAAUGAUUCAAAAAUCGGGCUCCACAGGAAAAGUCUUUUUGUCGGAAGGUUUCAAGUUAGUGCAAUGAAUUGAGUGACAUUGCUUUCUAGAAGGACAUUUUUGGGUGCAAAGUUCCCUCGCUUCCGGCUCUUGUCCACGUGAUAUACUAAUCCACAUCAAAAGUCAGUUCCAUUCCCCCCACCUCAUUGAACACUAACAAUACUGGAAUCCGAAUGGCAGUGGUGGGGUCCGCGCAGAAAGAGAUACCAAGGACACAG